CCUGGAUUCAUUUGUCCGAAUAUGCUACACAGUUUCCCUUCCUAUAUAACCUCCCCCGACACCCAUAGCUGCUAUUACCGUAUCCUUCUCUCCAUUUCAUCUUCAAUUUGUCCCUACAAGUAUUUUUUCUUCGUCUCCCCUUUCGUCAGAAAAAAUGGGUGAUGGCAAUGAAGGCAGCCCUCGUACUCCCCGUUUGAACGAUAGGAUCCUCUCAACUUUGUCCCGUAGGUCAAUUGCUGCUCAUCCCUGGCACGACCUUGAGAUUGGUUCGGAGGCACCCAGCAUUUUUAAUGUUGUAAUCGAAAUUUCCCGAGGAAGCAAAGUGAAAUAUGAGUUAGACAAGAAAACUGGUAUGAUCAAGGUCGACCGUAUAUUGUAUUCAUCCGUUGUCUAUCCUCACAACUACGGCUUCAUCCCUCGGACACUUUGUGAAGACAAUGAUCCAAUGGAUGUCCUAGUACUCAUGCAGGAACCUGUAAUUCCAGGAUGCUUUCUUCGAGCCAGGGCCAUAGGCUUGAUGCCUAUGAUCGAUCAGGGAGAGAAAGAUGACAAGAUCAUUGCUGUAUGUGCUGACGAUCCGGAGUAUCGGCACUACACCGACAUCAGCCAACUUCCUCCACAUCGUCUCACUGAGAUUCGGCGCUUCUUUGAAGAUUACAAGAAGAACGAAAACAAAGAGGUAGCAGUGAAUGAUUUUCUGCCUUCUUCCAAAGCUGUUGAUGCCAUCCAAUACUCCAUGGACCUGUAUGCUGAAUACAUCCUUCAAACCCUCAAAAAGUAAUCGGCAGAUACAUCGAUCAUCGCCCGGUCUUUGGUGAUACUGAGAAUGAAGUAUAUACAUACACACACAUACAUAUACACAUAUCUUAGAGAAUAGUUCUACAUUUGAACAGCUUUCCAGAAGGAGAAAGCUCUUCUUUUUAAUUUCUGCUCCUUUUUGUUUUUGCUGUUGUUUUUUGCAAUUAUGAACUUUUAUGUUUAAGAGUCGACGUUAUGUUCUGACGUCGAGGUUGUUUUGAAUUAAUGUAAUGUAGAUCGUUGUAGCUGUGAUUUUUGGUGUAAGAAAUAAUGUUGGAUAAUGGAUGAAUUUGAGUUUGUGUA